UACUUUAAGUACCUAGCAACAAUUAGUUCAUCAGAGAACGCCAGAUAGUGGAUAAUAUCCUCCUUGGGCAUGAGUUAAUGCACUACUUAAAAAUCAAAACUCAAGGUAAGAAAGGGUACAUGGCUCUAAAGGUUCACAUGGAAAAGACCUAUGAUAGAGUCGAAUGGUCCUUUCUCCUCGCCGUUCUGGGUAAGAUGGGUUUUAGCUCUGUCUGGAGUGGAUGGAUACAUGAAUGCCUUAGAUCCGCAUCGUUUUCGGUCCUUAUGAAUGACACCCCUUCGGGCUACUUCACACCUACCAGAGGUCUACGGCAGGGGGACCCUCUGUCACCGAUUCUCUUUGUGCUAUGCACGGAAGGGUUCGCAGCACUCCUCUCUAAAGAUAUCUCCGAGAAAAGACUUGAUCGAGGGGGUUAAAGUGGCUCCUUGUGCUCCCCGAAUCUCGCAUCUUUUCUUUGCUGAUGACUCUUAUUUAUUUCUUCGAAGCUCUCUCCAGGAAUGUGAGAACUUGAUCGAAGUCUUGAAUGUAUAUGAGGAGUUAAGUGGCCCGAAAAUUAACUUGGCCAAAUCAGCCGUUUGUUUUAGCAAGAACAUAGCUCCUCCAGACCAAGAAUUCUUGGCUCAGAUUCUGGGGGUCGGGGCGGUAGGGGUCUAUGAUAAAUACUUGGGAUUGACGUCUCUGAUUGCCCAAUCUAAGAUGGUCACCUUCCAGUAUUUAGAGGAAAAAUUACUAGACCGAUUAAAGGGAUGGAAGCAGCUGACGCUAUCAUGGGCGGCUAAGGAGACUUUGAUCAAAUAUGUUGCCUUAGCUUUACCCUUACAUGUGAUGUCGUAUUUCAAGUUGCCUCUGUCUCUUUGUCGCAUCCUCGAUAAGCAUGUGGCAAGGUUUUGGUGGGGUAUGGGGAUGGUCAUUCAAGGAUUCGGUGGAUCUCCUGGCGUAAGAUGUGAACGAGUAAACAUGAUGGGGGUAGUGGGGUUCCGUCAUUUUGAACAUGUUAAUCAGGCGUUGUUUUCUCGAACCCCAGUCACUCUUAGCUGGGGUUGGCUAAGUAUCAGGGAGUUGUUGAAGGCGGGGUUAAUCUGGCAGAUUGGUAAUGGUCGGAUGGCUUCUUUUCUGCAUUCUAAUUGGCUUCCUCGUUCGCCUCCCUCUACCCCGGUCUAUAACCCUCGGGUAAUCCCGGAUGGGAAGGAGCUCCCUAUUGCAGAGGUUAUCUUCUAGGGGAAGGGGCGUUGCUGUGACCUGAAACUUUGCCAGUGGUUUGACCCGCCUACCUGUCGGGCCAUCAAAGCUCUUCCUCUCCCCCGUCAGAAUGUAGAGGAUAGAUUGAUCUGGUGAUAACAUCGUAUUUGCACAUGUUUGCACCCUCAUUUCUUGAUCAUUUUGGCUUGAGUUUUUUUAUUUCUUGGACUAUUUUAUGCUAGGUUGUGUUCCUUUGUCACAUUUCAGGUCCUAGCAUGUAAAUUGAAGCAAAGGCGCAAGUUUCAAGUCAAUCGGAAUUCAUUUGGCAAUUCGGGAGAAGAAACACGAGCAUGACCUGCGGAAUAAUGGACUUCUAACUCAUAUUAUGGACAAAUAUUCAUGUAAUCUUGUCAUUAAAAGAAAAAGGGCGAGACUACGAGCGUCUGGGAUCAAACGGCGACUGAUUCGGAAUCCGGACGAGGGAGAAACGAAGCAUUAAACAGGGGCGGAGGAAGAAUUACGGGCAGGAGAAUUACGAUUGUAUUUUCCCCUCCCAUGCCCGUAUUUUCACUGCCGAGAGGAGCUUUGGAUGCGCUGAAACUUAACCAAAACGCGUGUUUUGGGCAAAAUACGAGCAUGGAAGAAUUACGACCGUAUUUCUGCCCGUAUUUCGCCCAUAAUCGGGUUUUUGAGGCAGAUUCGAGCCAAAGGAAAGAGAGAGCUAGGUUUUGGAUCCCAAACACCCAAGGGACGAACCCUAGAGAGAGAGAGAAGAGAGAGAGAGAGAGCGACUUGGGAACAUUCUUGGAGCUAUUUUGGAGGAUUUCUUUGCCAUUGGAGCUCAGGAAUCAAGCUUGGAGAUAGAGAUUGAAGAUCAAUAUAAGAUUUAUGCAGUC